AUGGUAUGGGCCUUCUGGUUGUUUGAAGCCUUUCUUAGGUGGUUAACAAGUUCUAUAGUUGAGCAGUUCUUAAAUCUGAUAGUUUUGUAUAUCUUGGGUAUUUUGAGUGGUUUUUAUUUCAUGCUAUUUUCAGAUUUUGACUUGACUUGCAUAGUCGUUGAUCUGUCUGCAAUAUUAGCUGCAAUUGUAACAGCUCUGAAGUCUGAUCAAAGUCCAACUUACAGUCAAAUUACUUGGAUGUCAUUUACUGAUUUGAGAAAUACAUGGAGUGAUUUCCCAAGGCAGUACACAGAGGAAUACGAGCAAUGUAUCGAGACUAUUCUAUCAGCGAAUAAAGGAAGAUUUUUCAAGAGUGCAGGAGAUAUCGUAGAAGUAAGAUUUGCUCAGACCGUAAUGGUUGUAACCUGCGAAUGGGCAUGGUGGCUGAGGCAACAUAUCUGCAUAAGAGAGUCCAUGUUCUAUCAAUGGUCCAAUCAAUGGAUAGCAUUGUGAGGUGCUUUUCUAGCUUGAUCAUUGAAUUGAUUCGAUCUUUGUUUUUGUUAAUCUAUUGUGUUAAUAUCUUACUUU